UCCAAAGACUGCUUGUGUUAGGGUCUCUCUAGAUGCUUCCCUCACAGGCUUAGCUGAGGAGUUGAGAGAGAGGAGGCAAGCCUGGGCCAAGAUGAAGAAGGAUAGUAAAGGACAACUGAUCCUCACAGACAUAGAGAUAUUGAGAACUAGAGUAGGAGCCUUGAUAGACAGUGGGGCGACUAGGAGUUAUAUUUGUCGUAAAGCGCUGAAGAACUUAAAGCUAAAUCUAAAAGUCCAACGCUUAGAAGAACCUGUAGUCAGCAUCCUCGCAGACAACAGUAGGAUGCGCAUUGAAGAGUAUGUCGAGGGGGUCCAUGCCUACUUUCGCCUCGAGAAAGACGGGAAGGUAGAGAAAGUAUUGCACUCCUUGACCCUCCUCGUAGAAGAGAGUCUCCCGUUUGACAUUGUGUUAGGCACAGAUUGGGGAGAGGCAGCAGGAGCCAAGCUUCACCUUAGAGAGCACGAGUGUAGGCUCCCUAGCGCGUCAGGCGAAGUUAAGCAAGUCCGCCUGUUCCAUGAGUCCGGAGUAGAUAAUCCCCUUGCCCAUUGCUGCCUUAGCGCUCCUGCAUUCGCCAGACUUGUGCGAAAGGAGCAGCUUGAAGAGCAGGUGUUUGUAGCCUAUGUUUGGCCGAUUUCAGACCAACCCAAGGAAGAGGAGAAGAUCCAUCCUACUAUAGCCAGUCUGCUGGAAGAGUACAAGGACUUAUCUGAAGCACCUUCAGGAGUAGUGACGAGACCGAUCCAGCACUGUAUAGAGAUAGAACCUGGCAGUAGAAUGCCUAAGGAGGCAGUCUACAGGAUGUCUCCCAAGGAGUUAGAGGAGCUUCGCAGACAGUUAGAUGAGCUCCUAGAAAAAGGAUGGAUGAGGCCUAGUUCGUCACCGUUUGGCGCACCUGUUCUGUUUGUCCCAAAGAAGGAGGGAGAGCUUCGCAUGUGUAUAGACUACAGGGGACUGAACGCUAUCACAAUUAAGAAUGCGGAGCCACAUAUGGAUGACUUGUUAGAUCGCGUGCAGGGAUGCAGGUACUUGUCAAAGAUAGACCUGAAAUCGGGGUACCAUCAGAUAGAGGUGCAUCCUGGCGAUCAGUAUAAGACGGCGUUCAGGACAAGGAAUCAGUUGGCAGGUGAGGCCAACAUCAAUAUGCACAACUUUCCCUCGUUUAGCAAGAAGGCCCUAGACCUCGAGGCAAAGAUAGGGCAUGGGCAGACACCCACGACGGAUGGCAGGAAAAAGACACUGCCUCCCAAUUGGAAGGCAAAGGGACGCAUCAUGUUCGUCGACAACGAUGGUUAUACCAUCGAACUGGACGACGACUUCCAAUCGGGAGUGGGUUUAGAGGCCGGCAGCGUAGAAGCUUCAGGGGGUGGACUAGUCGCUGCCGUAGCACAAAAAGCAUUUCAGCACGCGAUGAAUCGUAUUUUUCAUGACUACUUGGACAAGUUUGUCAUCGUGUACCUCGAUGGCAUACUUAUCUUUAGUAGGACUGUCGAGGAGCACAUGGCUCAUUUGGACAAAGUCCUUAGUUUCCUUCGACAGCAGAAGUUCAAGAUCAACAGUGAGAAGUACGAGUUUGGCCGCACCCGUAUCUUGUACUUGGGUCAUGAGAUUUUCGCAGAGGGUCUGAAACCUGAUGACGCGAAGGUGGCCAGCAUUCGUGACUGGCCGCGUCUUCCGUCUGUGAUUGAGAUGAGGUCCUUCUUAGGGAUGACCGGCUACUACCGCAAUUUUGUGAAGAACUAUAGCAUAGUUGCCGCCCCUUUGACGGACUUGACCCGCCUUGACACCCCAUGGGAGUGGACAGACAGGUGCGAGGCGGCUUUCAGCCAUCUGAAGCAUGUGUUGAUGCAUCAUGAGGUCUUGAAACUUCAAGUUGGCUUACGUCCACCUUCUGAGAAGGAGCCCUAUGCGAUCUAUAAGGCGCUCACGCAUUGGAGGCACUAUCUCCUUGGGAGGUUCUUCUACGUCAGGACUGAUCACCAGACCCUGAAGUGGAUGAGAACCCAGCCUGUGCUCUCUGACGCUUUGAAGCGUUGGAUUGAAGUCAUAGAGCAGUAUGACUUCGAGCCCCAGUAUGUCAAGGGUGAGUACAACAAGGUUGCUGAUGCGUUGUCACGUAGACCUGAUUUCUCCGGUGCGCUGAUUACUGAGUUUGGACUUGCGGACGAUGUCACUCAUUCUAUGGUGGAAGCCUAUCGCGAGGAUCCGUUUAUGUUUGAGAUCAUCCACAGACUCGAGGCGAAGGACAAAGUGACUUCUGCCGAGUUUGAGUUGGUCAGUGGCUUGUUGUUUCUUGAGAAGGCUGGGAAUAAAUGUUUGUGUGUGCCUAAUAGAGAGUCUUUGCGCAGUUUAUUUCUAGGAGAGUGUAAUGACGCCACCGGCCAUUUUGGCUACAAAAAGACAACAGCUAAUCUGCUGCAACGGUUCUGGUGGCCCACGAUGAUGAGAGAUGCCAAGCUGUACAUAGAGACUUGUCAGGUUUGUCAGAGAGACAAGCCUCGUACACAGGCCCCUCUUGGGCUUUUCAAGCCCCUUUUGAUUCCGGAAAGGCCUGGUGAGAGCUUGUCCAUGGACUUCAUGGACACACUAGUCACCAGCAAGAGUGGAUUGCGGCACAUCUUUGUCAUUGUGGAUAGGUUUAAUAUGUAUGCGAGAUUAGUUGCAAUGCCGGAAACAGCAAAGACUGAGUACGCCAUUAAGCUGUUCAAAGAGAACUGGGUCAGAGAUUUCGGACUGCCCGAGUCUAUCAUCAGUGAUCGGGAUGUGCGAUUCACUAGUGAAUUGUGGAAAGCUGCAGCUGCAGAACAGGGCACGCAGUUGCAAAUGACAUCAGGCAAUCACCUAGAAGCGAAUGGGCAGGCAGAGCAGUUGAACCGCAUUGUACAACACCUGCUCAGGCAUUACAUCAAGCCGAAUCUGGUAGACUGGGAUGAGAAACUUGCUCUCAUCGCCAGUUUGUACUACAACGCCAUGCACAACGCAACGGGAGUAAGCCCGAACAGCUUGCUACUGACUUUCAAGCCUAGACUGCCUUUGGACUUGCUAUUACUUGAGAAUCAGUCAUCUGCUGCACCAGGGACCUUAGAGUUCGCUUAUCGAUAUGAGCAACUGAUGCAACAGGCUGUCGAAGAGAUGCACAAGGCACAGGCGGCGAUGAUAGAGUCUGAGAACAAACACCGCCGCCCAUCUACAUUCCAGGUAGGAGAAAGAGUCUGGGUUAAGUCCUCAGAACUGGGACAGGAGUACAGGAUCUCCCGUAAGCUCAUGCCACAAUACUUUGGACCAUGGGAGAUUCUAGAUGUUGUGGGGCAUGAACCAGAUGGACCAUCUUAUGUUAUUCGCAUCCCUGGUCACUUACGCACUUACCAUGUUUUCCACGCCUUAAAACUUGCACCUUUUGAAGAAACAGAUCAGUUUCCCUCUCUUCGCUCAAUGUUGCCCCCAACCAUGGAUGGAGAACGGGCAGAGGACGUCCCCCGAAACCGAAGCUACAGUAUGAAGUUCGGUUCAGACAUCACACUGAUCCAAAGGAGGACAGAUGGUUCACAAGGGAGGAAUUGAUGCAGACUGCUCCACAUGUAGUCGCUCACUACGAGAAGUCUCUACAAAAGGGAAAACGCUAGAUUAUCGAAGACUGAACUUCUCAGAGGACUAGUGAACUAUGGAGGAGGGAAUGCGAGGCACAAGGCCUCGAUAAGCCCUACUGGGCCCCUAUUUGCAACAGCGUC